AUGUUCACCAAGGCCCUGUUUGUCUUUACCCAAGUCAUAAGUAUAGUCACUACAGUAAUCCUUGCCUAUAACUAUGCCAAAGACUACGCGGACGCCAACCCUCCACCACCACCAACACAAUCACCUCUAAGUCUAGAAUUAUUGAAGAUUAGACCCCCAUUUUUCGACAUAACGACCCCUAAACCAUCCCCCGGUCCCCCAUUUACCUAUUUCACUGGUCUAUUCAUCCGCUUUUUCCCAACUGUUAUCAUGUUCCUAUGGCUGACUACAGUAUGCGCGGACCGUCAAACGAAUACACCUCAAAUACAAAAAACGCAUCGAAAUGUGAUAUUUGGGUAUGGAGGGAUUAUGGUAUGUGCGGUUAUAUCACAAUUGGUAGUUAUGGUUUGGAGGAAUGAUUUGAGGGUAGUCUACUCGACUCUCCUCAUGUUCAACCUCUCCCCAAUCCCAUUCUUCCUCUUUUUCAUCUGCGAUCAACUCCCGAAAUACGAAAUCAAAAAUCGCGACGAGGCGAAUCUCUUUAAGUUGAAAAUAGCUGGAAUCCAGCUGUCCAUUUCGCUACUUCUCUCUCUUCUAUUUCUUGUCAUUUCCGGUUUCGAAACGUCCAAAUUAAUAUUUAUGGUUACAAUGUGGUAUACCGUAUUCUUUUCCGCCGCCAUUUCCGAAUUCUGUGCAAUUUGUGAGUACGGUAUUCAGUUAAGGGAUGAAGGCGAGCGAAUCGGUGUCUAUGAGCAACAGGAGAGGGGCGGAGCCAUCAUUUAUCGACCUGCGUAUGGCCAUCCUCAUAAUAGUAACAUUGUCGAAACAAAAUAA